AAGUGCAUUGAAAAACCUGCAAUAAGAUUAUUAACUUGAGUAAAAGAAUAAGCUCUACGCUCCAGAUGCUAGGCAUGGAGUUUUAGAUUGAUAAAAACGACCGCGAGGAAAUUAAUACUUACAGUGAUGGCCUAACUGCGAUAAGAAAUAUUCCCCGUACUGGCUACAAAAUAUAUGUCUUAAUUAAAUUUUGACCUGAAAAUACAAUUAAGCACUAACAUCUAUGGAAUGGUUAUGGUAUUAGGUUUUAUGAUAUGUUUUUGCAAGCUGUAAAAAUCAGCUUUGGCUAACGACCCCGGGUUAUGAUGCUUUUUCUCGCAAUAAGCUUGUCUUGGUUGUCGCCACACAGGGCGCUCUUUACCACAGGAGAUCAUAAAAAGACAUAGCAACAAUAAGUAUCAAAAUGGCUUCAAAGGGUAGCCCAUCGCAAAGUAGAACUGGUUCUAGGGGUAAGGGUGGGUCAUCUGCAUCGUCUGCAAUGUCUUCAGGCCGAGGAAAGCGGAAGGGAAAGUUCAAGGAGACAAGUUUUGAUUCUGAUGAUGAAAAAGACCAGUCUUUGGCCUACAAAGUUUUGUCUUCAGUACAAACCCAGCAGCUCAUGGAAUUAGAUGUUGAUCAGUUACAAAGCAAAAUGGUUGAAGUGAUGCAGUUGCCAAAUCAUACAGCUGACCUUAAAGAGGCAGCAAUUUUAGACUACUAUGUAGCAGGCUUCUGGUGGGGCAAGGAAAGAGGGUUUACUGUACAGCAACUAUCAGGGUUUUUCACAGCUUUACACAGAAUACUUGAAAAUGUUAAAGACAAGCAUCUGUCAAUGGUAGACAAUUUGAAAGAGUUCAAGAAAAUGCUUGUGGGAGUUGGCCAGGAAAACCCAGAAUCCCCAGGAGGACUUGAGUUCUUUGAUUUAAAUCAAGCAAAGAUGGUUGCAGAUUAUCUACAUACUAGCAUUUUUCAGCACUAUAAGCUAUAUGAAUUCAUAUUUUCCCACACACAAGCAGAGGAAAUUAUUGGUGCUGAUUUGGAUGUCAAUGUUGCCAAACCUGCAGAUAUGCCAUGGCCACCUCCCCUAGAGGAAGGAGUGCCAGAGGAUAUUUUUAAUGAACACAUUCGCACCCCUCCACCAACACCACCCCCUGAACCUGAAGCUGAAGAUGGAAAUGAGACGCCAGAUGAUACCAGGUCUAAAGAAGAAAUUGCUGCUCAGAAGGAGAGAGAAGCUUUUCUCAUGGCGGAAUUGGGUUCAGAUCAGGUUAAGGCCAUCCUCAGCAGUGUGGCUAAAGAAAUGAUAGGAGGGCUUUCAACUGAGAUGGCAUCCAAAUUACGAGAAAGAGAAAACUCUAUCAUCAACAGGAUAAACAAAAUCCAUAAAGUGGCAGACAGCUGAAUGUCAUACUACUUGUAUUUGGAGGGAAAACUAAGAAAGUUAAAAAGACAGUGUUUUAAAACAGCACAAGGAAUUCAUUGCCUUUAUUCUUUACGGUGUGUGGAAAACCAAGUGCAAUGAUACAGUAAUUUUAACUAGACUUAAAAGAACAAAUGUGUUAAUACACAUCAACAGAGCUUUCUACACUGAUGAAUGUGCGUUCUGUUACAUACACCAUUGAUUUUAUUUGGAAUCUAUAAACCAAACAACUUUAAAGGUUAAAUUUUCCCCCUUUCUUUCUUUUAUUUUCAUUUUUUUAAACAUUACUCUAAGAUGUGCUUUAUAUUCAAAAAGCCUAAGCCUUUGUACAUAUAUGUAAAUACAUUUAAUAAAGUCACAGCAGAGGUUCUUUUU